UCGCACCGGUAAUGAACUAAUAACAUUCCUAAAAAAAUUGAUUUUCGGCAUGACCGCUCUAUGCAGUUUGGCAUAAUUUUUGUGCCGUUGCAUUUGCCCUUUACACAACACACCUCUCGAAAACCCUCAUAAUUUAAUUUAAUGAGCGCAAUGGUAAAAAUGUCCGGCAGCUCGGACUCGAAGAGCUCAUGGCAGAACGUGACCCUGAGAGUGAUCGCCAGCACGGCCACUCACCCUCUAGAGCUGGCCAAAUUCCUGAUCCAAAUCGGACACGAACCGAUCGUUCCGUACCACACGAAGACUCUCUUCGGCCGACCGACCCUGGCCUUGCCUAAUGUUUUCCAAUACCUUCGACACAUCAAGCAGAUUGACGGCCUGGCUGGCUGCUAUCGAGGCCUCGCCCUCAAACUCACCUCACAGACAGUCUUCUACUAUGCACAGCACUGCACGUCGGAGGUGCUGAAAGCCCAUGAAAUUUUCACCAACGAGCCCAUUCAGAAUAACAAGAAAGACAUCACGCAAAACGAGGAUAGCGUCGACGACAGUGAGGAGGAGGAAGACAACGAGGACGGAAUUUAUGACGAAGAGCUGCCCAUCGCUCAGAGAAGAAACAGGUUCCUGAAGCAGUUAGGCUUCAAGCUGAGCUGCAGAUCAGUUGCCAUCAUUGUCAGCCAACCAUUCCAGGUGGCUGCCUUCCGAGCAAUGGCCCAGUUCGUCGGACGGGAGACCAAGUACCAAGGCACAGUUGGCGCUGUUGUGAGCGUUUAUCGCGAAAGUGGCAUCUGCGGCUUCUGGUCCGGCCUGACUCCGAGACUAGUGGGCGAAAUUUCCGCCAUCACUGUGAGCUCGUCGCUAAUUUUCCUGGUGCGCUCGUACCUGUCGCAGGACAGGACGCUCAACAACCUAGUCUCGGCGGUCAUGGGCUUCCUGGCCUCGACGGUGACCUACCCCUUCCAUGUGGUGGCCAGCUGCAUGGCCAUCAAAGGGUCGUCGCUGCGGGCGGCCGAGCCUCCGCAGAUGCCAGCCACCUACACCAACUGGGUUGCGUGUCUGACGCACCUGAGGGCUGAGGGCCAGUGGAUGCGCGGCUCCUCCCUGCUCUGGCGCUACUAUACAGGACCCCAGGUCAUCAUAGGCAACAGGGCCAUUCCACUCGAGCCCUUCAAACCAGCCAAAUACUAAAUUUAUUCAAAAAAAACUUGUACUGUCUCGGGAAAAAAAACUUGAAGUUUAGAAUGUUUGUUUUGUGAGGAAUUGUUUUCAAAUUGAUUGUUUGAAACUAUUUUUCUCUAUGAAUUUGCAAAAAUAAUGUAUGUUUGUGUGUAUAAAGACGUUUCCCAUGUAUAGUUUUUUUUUAUGGAUCAGUAUGACCGAGACAGAAGUGAGUUAAACUUUUUAAAUAACAGUUAUCUUUGCUCCUGUUGACGUAGGUGCCACUGCAUUUUGUUGGAGAUGUUAUUUUUACCGAGAUUUUUGCACACUGCAAACAGCUUGAGUAAUGUUGCUAUUUUGUGGUCACACCGUUGGUAUUUGAAUGGAAUCAUGCAUCAAAGUGAUGCCUAUUAUAGUUCACUGUGUUGAUGCUCAGUUCAGGAAUCAAACUAGCAGAAUAUAUAAUGAAUUAAAGCCGCAAUAAAUUUCAGACUUACGAUCUACUGA